AUGGCUAUGAACAUCACAAAAGGUACCAGAGCUCUUGGAGCUCUGAGGCCUCUGGCAGCUCGUUCUGCCCUCAAUGCGCGCCAGUAUUCAACUUCCGAACCGGACCUCAAGACCACACUAAAGAGCGUCAUUCCCGCCAAGCGGGAACUUCUGAAGAAGGUCAAGGCACACUCGUCCAAGGUCAUUGGGGAGGUCAAGGUCGAGAACACUCUUGGUGGCAUGCGAGGCCUCAAGGCCAUGGUUUGGGAGGGAUCUGUCUUGGAUGCGAAUGAGGGCAUUCGGUUUCACGGCAGAACCAUCAAGGAUUGUCAAAAAGAGCUCCCCAAGGGAAAGACUGGAACAGAAAUGUUGCCCGAGGCCAUGUUCUGGCUUCUUCUUACAGGCCAGGUCCCGUCCACAAGCCAGGUUCGCCAAUUCUCCCGCGAAUUGGCUGAGCAAGCUCAGUUGCCCGCCUUUGUCAACAAGCUUCUCGACGAUUUCCCCACAGACCUGCAUCCAAUGACCCAAUUUGCCAUUGCCGUCUCUGCUCUCAACUACACCUCCAAGUUUGCAAAGGCCUACGAGCAGGGUAUCAACAAGGCUGACUACUGGGAGCCUACUUUCGACGACUCCAUCUCGCUGCUGGCCAAGCUGCCCACGAUCGCUGCCAAGAUCUACCAGAACUCCUACCGUGGCGGCGGCGCUCUGCCCGCAGAAGUAGACCUGGAGCAGGAUUGGUCUUACAACUUUGCUGCCAUGCUUGGGAAGGGUGGCAAGGCGAAUGAGAACUUCCAAGAUCUCCUCAGACUGUAUCUCGCGCUCCACGGGGACCAUGAGGGCGGUAACGUUUCCGCCCACGCCACUCACCUAGUUGGCAGCGCCCUUAGCGAUCCUUUCCUAAGCUACAGCGCUGGUCUUCAAGGUCUCGCGGGUCCUCUUCAUGGACUUGCCGCGCAAGAGGUUCUUCGGUGGAUUCUACAGAUGAAGGACAACAUUCCCUCGUCUUACUCUGACAAAGACGUCACAGAUUACCUGUGGUCCACCCUCAACUCCGGCAGAGUUGUCCCUGGCUACGGCCACGCUGUCCUGCGGAAACCCGACCCUCGGUUCGAGGCUCUGAUGGAUUAUGCCGCCGCUCGACCUGAGAUCGCACAAGACCCCGUCUUCCAACUGGUGGAAAAGAACAGUCGAAUUGCCCCCGAAGUGCUCAAGAAGCACGGCAAGACCAAGAACCCUUACCCCAACGUCGACUCAAGCUCUGGAGUCCUCUUCCAUCACUAUGGCUUCCACGAGACUCUGUACUACACCGCCACCUUUGGUGUCUCCCGUGGCUUGGGACCCCUUGCUCAAUUGAUCUGGGACCGAGCAUUGGGACUGCCCAUUGAGCGGCCCAAGAGCAUUAACCUGGAAGGUCUUCUUAAGCAAGCUGAGAGCUCGUGA